AGGACAAAACAGAACCCAAGAAGGAUCAGAGGAAGAGGAAGAGAAGACCCAGUUGGCAGUUCAGUGGAAGUCGGUAAACAGAGCAUUUCUAAGAAAAUGGACAAAAUCCAGAACAAGUUCAUCGACGUACGAGGACUGAAGCUCCACUUAGCCGAGAUCGGAACUGGUCCUAAGGUGAUCGUGUUCCUACACGGGUUUCCGGAGAUAUGGUACACGUGGCGCCACCAGAUGAUCGCCGUGGCAAACGCCGGGUUCCGAGCGAUCGCGCCCGAUUACAGAGGGUACGGACUCUCCGACCCACCACCCGAACCCGAAAAGGCUUCGUUUCAUGACUUUCUCGGUGACCUCCUUGGAAUUCUCGAUGCCCUCGGAAUUCCCAAGGUUUUUCUUGUUGCGAAGGAUUUUGGAGCUCGGCCUGCCUACCUAUUUGCCCUUCUCCACCCUAACAGGGUCUUGGGAGUUGUAACAAUGGGAGUGCCACAUAUCCCUCCAGGCCCCUCUACAUACCAUAACUACCUUCCUGAAGGCUUCUACCUUUCAAGAUGGCGGGAGCCUGGACGAGCAGAAGCCGAUUUCGGGCGCUUCGAUGCUAAAACAGUCGUAAGGAAGAUUUAUAUCCUCUUUUCCAGAAGUGAAGUACCAGUAGCUGCAGAAAACCAGGAGAUCUUGGAUUUGGUCGAUCCAUCUACUCCGCUUCUGCCUUGGUUCACUGAGGAGGAUCUCGCAACUUAUGGAGCUUUGUAUGAGAAAUCUGGAUUCCAAACUGCAUUGCAAGUUCCAUAUAGGUCAUUUGGUGAAGACUUCAGCAUAACGGAUCCAAUUGUUAAAGUUCCAGCACUUUUUAUAAUGGGUAGUAAGGACUAUGUCCUCAAAUUUCCAGGCUUGGAGGAUUUCGUCAAAAGUGGAAAGGUGAAAGAGCUUGUCCCGAAUUUGGAGAUCAUAUUUUUGCCUGAAGGAACCCAUUUUGUUCAUGAGCAGUCACCUGAUGAGGUGAAUCAGCUGCUCCUCUCCUUCCUUAGCAAACAUGUCUGAUCGUCGACACUUCAAUUUCAGUGAGUUGUCUGUCUGUCAGCUUGUAGGCUGAGGUUUGCUUUCAAUAAGAGUUUGUUGUACAGACACUACAACUGUCUACAACUGUUUGUUUGAACGGAGUAAUAAUAAUGUAAUAUGUGAUAUUUGUCUUUGAAAGCUAUGAAAUAGUAUGCACAUCCAUCCUCUAUGGUUUGACCA